AUGAAGCCUUCCGGAGAUCCUGAGGAGCCUAAACCUUCUGUCGAUAAUUCUGAUGCUGAGGACAUUGUGGAUCAAGAUACUUGCUUUAUCUGCGCUGAACCGAUUACAUUUUGGUCUUCUGGAAUCUGUGGCCAUAGGACAUGCCAUGUUUGUGCCAUCCGUCUGAGGUCAUUCUACAAGAAAUAUGAAUGUACAUAUUGCAAGACAGUCACUCCUUCCCUACUCUUCUCUCGAACAUCCACGGCUCCAUUCCCAGCUGAACAUCAUGUACAACCUUCUCCAGCUGCAAGAAUACAGGCGGCAAUGGAUGGCGCGGACAAACUGCCAAAAGGGCAACAAUGGUUCAAAGGCUUGACUUUACCUGGAACUUUGGACGUCGAAGCUUUUGAGCAUCACGAUGUCAAGCUUGGCGUAGUCUUCGAAGAUGAGGACAUGAUGGAAGCCACGCUACUUCUCCUCCGGUUCAAUUGCCCAGCACCCGAUUGCGCGCACAUGGCAACCGAUUGGCAGGCUUUAGAGAAACAUACCCUGGCAACUCAUGGCACAGUCAUCUGUCGCUUGUGCCGAUCACAGUUGCAUAGAUUCGCCCAUGAGCAGGUCCUCUAUCCACCGCACUUACUACCGUACCAUGAUCCUAGUCGAUUGAAACGUGGCCAGGCAUUACCGAAGCUCAGGAACAAGAAGGAAGUAGAAAUGGUCAAGUCUUGGGAAGCUCCUCAUCCACUGUGCGAGUUCUGCCACGAGGCGUUCUUCGGUACCGAUGAGCUGUUCAAGCAUAUGAGAGAUCGUCAUGAAGAAUGCUUCGUGUGCAAGGAGCAAGGUCAAAGAGAUGUCUACUUUCAAAAUUACAACAAACUCGAACAGCAUUUCAAACACGAUCAUUUCCCGUGCAAUGAGCCUCAGUGUGUUGAGCAGAAGUUUGUCGUUUUUGGCAGUGAGAUGGACCUACGGGCGCAUACCAUCGCACAGCACGGCGGGAACAUGACGUCUCGAGAUCGGGCUCAGGCUCGGACUCUGCAUGUUGAUUUUCCGUCCUAUGGCGAUGAUCGUCGGCCAGGUCCAUCCAGCAAUCGGCCUGAUCGGCACGGCAGAGGUUUUACAAUCCAAACUACGCAACAGGUUGGAAACCUCGUUGGAGGGGACGGUCGACGCGAUGGCGGCGUACACGGACAGCAUUUAUCCUCCAAUGUGCCAAUGGCUCCGGAAGCAGCUGCUCAGCAGGCCAGACAGCAGCAGACCGAUAGGGCAGAAGACAGUCGCCGUCGAAAGGCGUUCGUCACCUCCUUAACUGAUGGAACCGAGCGAGAUGGAGACGGCUUCGGUACCGCUAGGAACGUUGAAGGUGGCUCGCGAAGUGGAUUUGCAACACCCAGAGAGGAUGUAGAUGACGCCAGUGCUCAACGCCACGCAGCGCUCCUAUCACGAGUGACGAUGCUUGUCAACGAGUCCACAGUCAAGUUGUCUUCGUUCAGAAGCGCGGUUCGUCAGUUCCGAAAUAAUGAGUCUACGGCAAACGAUAUGGUGGAUACCAUAUUCCAUGUGCUCGAUCGCGACGUUGACGCUACGUCCAGUGUGGUCAGGGAGGUAGCGGGGCUUUUUGAUGGACCGGAGGAGCAAGAGAAGCAGUCAGCAAUCUUGGAAUCUCUCAAUGCUUUCAGGGUCAAACAACAAGAACAAUUUCCUACCUUGCAGGCUCCGGGCGGUCUAGGAUCAAACUGGGCAGGCAUCACCUCUGGCAAGAUUCUCAAUGCGAAGCGCACGACACAUACCGCUGGACGAGGCUCCUCGUCUCAGCAUGUCUGGGAUCGAGUGGCUGCAGCGGCUUCAUCCUCCAAUCGUGGACCCACGGCAAGGGCCACGACAGGCAUCAACGGUCGAUACAUCCCCGGCUCGGCUUUGCCCCUGGCAUCCGCGUCAGCCUUCCCAGGACUCUCGUCGGCACCUUCAGCAGUUCAAGCUCGCAAUCCCGGUUCAUCGACGUACUCUACUCCUUGGUCUUCUGGUGGUGCAGGCUCUUCAUCGCGUGCUCCGACAGCCCUUGCCGGGCCUCAAAUCACCUCCGUCAAUUACCCCGUCCCUUCCGCAUCUAAAGCCAAACCUCCGAGUCAGAGUGCGUUCCCCAGUUUACCUACAAGCAAGCCUAGCAUGACGAAAGCGGAAAGAGAGGCAUUAUUUAAGAAGCCCGCAGCGAGAGAAGUUGGAGCCUUUGAUUCGAGCAAGCAAAAUUGGGGACCUGGUGGAUCAAGUUUGGACGUGACCGAAGGGGUGGACGCGAUGCAGAUCGAAGACGGAAAUUCCGGUGGAAGUGGAGGAAAGAAGAAGAAGGGCAAACAGUUGCUUUUCCAAGUCAGUGCGAGGCCAUAA